AAACCAUAUAAAUGCUUGGAGUGUGGGAAAAACUUCAGCAGUAGUGGAAACCUUUCUUCCCACCAAAGAAUUCACACAGGGGAGAAACCAUAUAAAUGCCUGGAGUGCGGGAAAAGCUUCAACAAGAGUGGAAGCCUUUCUUCCCACCGAAGGACUCACACAGGGGACAAACCAUAUAAAUGCCUGGAGUGCGGGAAAAGUUUCAGCAAGAGUGGAAACCUUUCUUCCCACCAAAGGAUUCACACAGGGGAGAAACCAUAUAAAUGCCUGGAGUGUGGAAAAAGCUUCAGCAGAAGUGGAAACCUUUCUUCCCACCAAAGAAUUCACACAGGGGAGAAACCA